AUGCCUGCCUCUCAACCCCGCAACCCCACUCUACUGGAUCGAAGCAACCGCCAGGAACCCGCGUCUAGCACUAACAAUGCAAAUGCGCGAUACAAGCCCCAGUCUGCAUCCACAGAUCUGGCCGAGGCAUCAAAGGCCAGCCCCCAGCGCUGCUCUGACCAGGGAUUGAGUACAGAUCCUUUCGCCUACUACAACGCUAUUAGCGAUACGAGGUCGUAUCAGUUGCAGCCGCAGCCGCAGCCGCACACAGAAGGGAGCAGCCGUCAUGACGUUGUGCCAGAGGACGACUAUGGUUACACGUGCCGUGACAUGAGCUGUACAGACAUGGUUGAAGACGUCGGAAAUCAGCAACAACAACAAACCAGAGGUCGAGCCGUCCCCUACAAUCUUGCCGUGCGGCUCGCAAAUCGCUCCAAUGGCGCGCCACUCGCCACUAUUAUAGAGCAAGGUUCGUACUCGACGCUAAACUCACGCGGCUCUCUGCUGAGCGUUGGACGCUUCCCUUCGCUGCGAGGGGUGGAAACGACGUCACCAAGCCGUACUUCCCUCAAGCUGACUUCGGAUGCGGACGAGCACGCUCGUCUUCAGCGCAUCACGGAAGAUGCCCAACUGGAACAAUUGCUAGGCCUGACACAGGAGACGCCCAAAGAGCCCUCGUACAAGGGUUACGGCAACACGCUCCCGGUAAACGAGCCCGCUACACCUUCUGUACCCACUAUCCCUCAGCGCUCCCAGUCCGCAGCAUAUGACACCGGCGAGUCCGAGUACGAUGCAAGUACCAAGACGGUGAAAGCCUUCUUUCGUGGGGUUCUGCACAAUGUCCGAACUGCCUCGCGAACACGCUCCCGUUCGUCCUGCUCGUCCUCAACACAUGAUGCAUCAUCUAUCCCUGAGCACCGCCAGCACCGCAAGGAAGCCGAUGAAGCUGUUUCAUACAGCCAACUACAAGCUUCUGAAACUUUUCUCUUGGGCUAUGACAGACCCGUAGGACAUGGUCGAUGUGAAAAGCCAUAUGAUGUGCCCAUGCCAUCUUCAACCGCCAUUAUAACGCAUGGCUUUGACCACCAGAAUAGGCAAAUGGACGUUUCCACAGCGUAUCGUAUUCCUCCGAUUUCUUUGGACCUACCCUUGCUCAAUGUUCGUCCGUAUGCGUUGGAACCAAACACUGCGUCUGUGGCCACACCCCAGUUGCUGCCACCUCCGGCUGUAACCCAUCCACGCGAAAGGUCCCCUUCUGUGCGUCUUGUACACCCCGAACCACGAGAUGAGGCGCAGAGUGGCUGUAGUACUGGGAAUGUCUUCUAUGCCAUCUCCACUUUAGGUAACACCCCCCAUCCGCUGGCAGAGAAUGACUGUACAACGCAAGCCAGCCGAAAUGCAAGCUUCUGUACCAUGUCCACAUCCUACUCCGGACCAGUGGUCGGCGUCGACAUUGACCUUCAGCACGACUUCCCUCACCCAGUAUGUCGCUCCCAGUCGACUACACCCGUAGCGCCAGUAUGGUUUACACCUCAAAUGGCAGAGCUCGAGCGGCAAGCCUCAACCUCCGAGUCUCCUGAAGCUACGCAAGCCACUGAGACGCAGCCUCCCCGUCGCUCCAUUACCUCGUCUGCCCUGACCACACUACUACCAAUAGCUGCAGCGUCGGGUAUCGUUCGUCCCAAUUAUGACACACCAAAAAUAUCUUUCUUCUCGCCGUCCGGCAGUCUCAUCCAGCCAGAGGACAGUUCGACGCCCGACACUACGACCGCAUCGGAGUUCAGCGGCUCGCCUACCAGAACUUCGUACUACGGCAAUCCCAAUGCUAUGGCAACUUACACGGCAUUUCCACCAAAAACGUGUCUGCCGCCUCCGAGACCUCUGCGACCGAUGACUACACCACCCACGUCUUCAGCCCCCCUUCCCGCACAUCUACGGUACCAUCACAACUACAGACGUCCUGAGCAAUCGCAGAUCGACUCUACAGUUAGCUCUACAGAGUCGUUCAUAGUGCCUACUCCAGCGGUAAAGGGCUGUGAUGGUAUGAUGCGAUCCGAAAGCAUCGCCCUCUAUUCUCGGGCGCGCUAUUCGUACGAGAAGACCAGGUUACGCCAACACUACGGAAGAUGCAGAUCAAUAGCAUCCCUUGUUGGGGACCUCAAAAAUGAGGCAAGAGUACACAAAGCCCGAACGAUUACUGCUAUCAUGGCACACUGCACAACAAGUGGAAAGGGGAGGGUCCUUCGUAAGCGUGUCACUGCAGACCGGAGAGCCGCAGCAACUGCGUACGUCAGUAUGCCUCGCGAAACGAUAAGUGGGGCAGAAAGUGCCGGGGAAAAGGGUAGGCGAAAACGAAAUGUGCCAGGUAAGCGCGACAUAGGGCUUCUCGGACCGCUUGCCGGGCAUGCUUUGAGAGUAUGUUUCUGCCAGCCAUUCGAUGGCGCAGGAAAGCCGACGCAUGCUGUCGCGUCGGAAUCCUUAUGCAUGAGCAGUCACACGAUAAGCAUGCGAGAUGAAUCGAAGAAGGAAAAUUCACACACAGUCGUGAGGGAUGUGGAAACGGACGCCGUCUUACCAAAUGCUCGGGUCGUGAGCAGCACCGAACGGAACAAGGACAACAGCCUGGCCGACGACAUUGUACGCAAGCGCUCAGUGGUGUACAAGGGGGAGAGGAGGAUUGCAGAUAAGGAAAAGCACAGCCAAACGCGACGUGAUAGUUUUGUGGGCGUUGGGGCUGCAUUCAGAAAUGUGGUUGUGGGUGGGUGA